AAAGCUGCUCAUUCCCCCACUGCUGCACCCACCGCUAUCCCCGCCGCCACUGAAACUCGUCGAUCCACCGCAACUGGUACUCGAGGUAUGAUACGUAGGCGCCGGUGUAUAAUCCGUAGCCGUAACGGGGUAAUAGUGUGCCGGCGUAUACGAAGUCGAAGUAGUGUUACUGCUGCUAGAUUGAUAGUUGCUGCUAGUCGUUGGCUUCGACGGCUGCUUGGUCGCAGUGUUGCGAGGUUUAUUCGCCGUGUUGCUGCUGCUGCUCACUGGCUUAGGCUUGGAGUAAUCAUUGGCCGUAGAGGGAGAGUUCGUCGUUGCGUUUCCAGUGGAUGGGGAAUCCUGUUUGGUAGCUUUGAUAGCUUCUGUGCUGGGGGUUUGUUUCUUGUCCAGGGUGGAAGUGUCUGAUGUAACGCUGAAAUCGAUGUAGUCGCGGGGACCGUUGUUCGAGGGAGUCGUCUUUUCGUUGAGUUGUUUAGUUCCUUGAGUGGGAAGAGCGGGUUUCUUGCCGCCGAGGCCGAAGUGAGGUUUGCUUGACAUGCAACCCAUUGUUGAUUUUCGUUCGAUGAUGGGAAAGGGGGUCUGGUGAUGAGCGCAAAGAACUUGUGUAUGUUUUGUAGUCGUGAAUAAGUAUGUCGUUUCCAAGCCUGGAUUGGAACUUCAGUGUGAUUGUGAACUGUUACUGCUGCAGCAUGGAAAUGAAUGAUGCGAUACUCAAUAACAUUAAAAGCGUGUGAAUCACACAUCUUUAUAACCCAUCCACCAAUCCAAAGCCAAGAAUGUCCAGAUACAGCCUCUAGGUAGCAACACAGCCCUUAACCCAUCUCUCUCAAUCAGCCCUUUCUUCAACCUCGGCGUUCCGGUGAGGUUUCCUUUCUUGGCGGCGAGAUAUUAACUAAGUAGGCAAUAGCGUUCUCGUAUUCUCACGAAGCAGCCUUACUUUGGCGAAUACGGCACGUGAUCUGGUGGCUUGGAGCCUAGAGGCGGAGUCACUCGCUUGCGGUGACGCUCUUCAGUUUAGUGUGUAUAUAUACUAAUUUAACAAGUGCUAGUUCCCAGUGGGUCGUGUCGUAUAUGAUAUUGCGAAGACAAUCUUGCCGGAAUGGAGUAAGUCGGGAGGCGGCAUGUAGUACAGUGAUUGUUGUAGUCAUCUUGGUGGGAGGUAUGCAAAUGACUCACCGGAAAACGCCUUGCAAAUAAAUAGAAAUGGGGGUUGGAUUCAACAGAGUCGGCAAGAUUAAGUAUAGCGAUUUUGUUUCGCGCCGCUAUCAUGAUCCAUUGUGAUGUUUGGCUGUAUAUAAUAUUGAGGCAGUCUUGGCUACACCCUUGGCUAUCCAAAAUAUACAUACACUGCCUUCUUACUUCUCCAUGCCAAUUCGAGUGACUUUUGAUUCGAGCAUACAGACAAUCUGAUUGUAGGAAGCUUCGUGGGAAGCGACGAUUCGUUUGUUGAUGAUCUGCUUGGGUACACUGCCUUCCAACAAGCAGCACAAACCUACCAUCCAACCGACCAUCUUUACUCACCCACCUUGAUUAUACUCAGACUCAUAACAAACAAGUAGAAGUACCUGGCACGAUGUCUAUAUCCAGCGCAUCACACACCUGACUCUUCAACCCCUUCCCUUAUCAACAACACCCCCCAUCUCCCCCACUUCCACAAUCCCCACCAGACCCCCCAUACCCUCCAAAAGAAUCAUAAUGCUGCGCAUAAUAACUCUGCGAACUCAUCACCCAAGGAGUCCUCCCACUGACUUUCCACUCCCGUUUCCGCUGCCGCUUCCGCUCGGCCUUUUCCUCUUUCUUCAUGGCACUCGUUCCCAGAGUAUGGGACUCGUGGUUCUGUGUGGUAGUGGCUGGACGAGGGUGGAUUGGAGAAUCAGAUUGAGGAUUCUCGCCCGGGGUAGAAUCGGAGUUUGAGUUUGAGCGUUUGCUGGACAUGCAACCCAUUUCUUCUUCUUCUCGUUCUUGUUUCUUUGUAAUGGGAUGGCGUGUAUGUGUGACGGUGAUUUUGUAAGCGUA